AGCGACCCGGAAGUAGUUUGGACCACGUGACGAACUCGACGCAUUCUUGAAACGCUUAGAUCCUACUCAUUCCGCCUAUAGUUAACAUAUUUGUAGUUUACUUUAUGUUCCACAUACCUAUUCAAAUUCGGUAACAUUGUGUGUACGGUUUCGACAACCCAAACUUGAAUGUGUAACGUAACAUGUAGUGACGUGUUCGUCGGACCAUCGCGCAAUGUUUUGCUCUUGAUGACGGACCCGGAAAUGAGAUUGUAACGCCUACAAGCUAGCUGGGAGCCUACGCGAUGAAAGCACAAAAGAAUAGGAAAAAUAACGUUUCUGUCCGAAUUUGCUAACAGACGGUGCGACAUCACUGCCGAUAUCGAGGGAAUAUAACGCUGAAACUUCCUCCUCGAUAGUAAAGACCAAACGGCGGAGCUCGCUCUCCAGGUUCCUACCAGCGGGUGCUAGUUAACUUUAGCCGAACGUUAGCAGGCAGUGACCGGUGAUGGCAGUGGCACAGAGAAGCUGUGUUGUGGCUUAUUUACUCGUGCUUCUGCUGACUAGCUGCAAGGCGAGGAUACACAAGCUCACCCUGUGGAAUGAAACCCGUGCUGCUGUUGACCUAAACAACUUUGGAUUCUAUGCUAAUGCCACCUUGGACGUCAACCUGGUUUCCCUGCGCAUUCCUUCACAGCUAGUGAACUACAGUGCUCAACCGGUCGGCUUCAGUCUCUCCAGGUCACGCGUGAGCCGAGUCUUGACCUACACAGCUGAGGAGACUGAAGAGUGUCCACUCAUACUGACUGAUCUGAUUCGUAAUGAUGAGGAGCCUCUCGUUCUCUUCAUUCUCAAUGUCAAACCCCUCAGCGUCACUGUGAAAUCUUUUGGGAACCAAGACAACAUCUUGACAGCCAAACUGAAGGCAGAUGUAGCUAAAGGUGAGAGGAAAACCAGGGAGGCUGCUGACGCUCCUCCUGCUGCUCCUGCUGCUCCUGCUGCUCCUGCUGCUCCUGCUGCUCCUGCUGCUCCUGCUGCUCCUGCUGCUCCUGCUGCUCCUGCUGCUCCUGCUGCUCCUGCUGCUCCUGCUGCUCCUGCUACUGAUGCUACUGCUGCUCCUGCUGCUGAGGCCAAUCCAGUGGACAACACUCAGACACCAGUACAUGAGACAAAGAAGGUUGAGAAGAAGGAUGAGGUGGAGGUGAAGGCACCAGUAGACACUGUGAAAGUGGAGGAGAAUGGAUUCAACUUGGGGACGACCAAACAGCUGUCUCUGGCUGUGGACGAAGUCAAUGGCUCCUACAAUUUCAGCUUCCACAUGGUGUUCGGCCCACGGUCCGAGGGUCCGUACAGCCUCAAAUUCCACUACUGUCAGAACAGGAUUCCUGGCUUCAAACUGCCUUAUUCACUCUCUGUUGAGAUUACAGAGAAGAAUCCCGAGGGUUUCCUGUCAGCAGCCGAGAUCCCGCUGUCUCGUCUUUAUAUCUGCAUGGCGGGGGUCUUCUUCGCUGCGGCCAUGGUCUGGGUGUACACACUCAUGAAGCAUAGGUUCAGUGUGUUUAAGAUCCACUGGCUGAUGGCAGCGUUGGCCUUCACCAAGUCCACGUCACUGGUGUUCCACAGUAUCAACUUUUACUUCAUCAACACCGAGGGUCAUCCGAUCGAAGGCUGGGCCGUCAUGUAUUACAUCACACAUCUGCUGAAGGGAGCUCUGCUCUUCAUCACCCUGGCACUCAUCGGCACCGGCUGGGCUUUUGUCAAAUACAUCCUGUCUGACAAAGAGAAGAAGAUCUUCAUGAUCGUCAUCCCCCUGCAGGUUCUUGCUAAUGUAGCCUACAUCAUCAUCGAGUCCACGGAGGAAGGCUCCAGUGAAUACUACCUGUGGAAGGAGAUCCUCUUCCUCGUGGACCUGAUCUGCUGUGGAGCCAUCCUGUUCCCUGUCGUCUGGUCGAUCCGUCAUCUACAGGAGGCCUCCAGCACAGAUGGCAAAGCUGCCAUGAACUUGGAGAAGCUCAAACUUUUCCGACAUUACUACGUGAUGAUUGUCUGUUACAUCUACUUCACCAGGAUCAUAGCCAUCCUCCUCAAGGUCACCAUGCCCUUCCAGUGGCAGUGGUGCUACGAGUUCUUGGUGGAAGUGUCCACUCUCAUCUUUUUCGUCAUGACGGGCUACAAGUUCCGACCGGCGUCCAACAACCCCUACCUGCAGCUGCCCCAGGACGAAGACGACGUGGAGAUGGACGAAGUAGUCACUGAGUCAGGAGCUCUGGAGGGCAUUUCCAAGGUGAAGAAGACGACUAACGGACGGGAGCGUCAGAAAGAGUCCACCUUGUGAGCCGCAAAGCUUCAUGGGAAGAGAGGCUCUCAAACAUCCUGUGACCAGCUCGGGGUGGACGAGGGGGCUCAUGGACCAAAGCUCUCCACCCAACAUUGACAGCUAUCAUUUCUACACACUCCUUUUGUCGCUGCAAGAGUUUAAAAAAAAAAAAAAAGAAAACAAAAAAGAAAAGCUCCUGAUUCCAGGAAAGGAGGCGUGACCACUGUCAGGCUAUGCAAAGAAAACAAAACGACGACAACAAAGACUUUUUUUGAAACACUUCUGAGGGUUUUCAGAAGGAAACAAACUUUGCCACAAGACUGAACGGAAACGUGAACAACUGCUCUCUGAUUUAUUUUUAUUUUAUUUUUUUGCUUUUGUUGCUUUUCUCCCUUUUGUAUCUUUCUCUCCAAAGAUAACUAUCAUUUUAGAGAAGGAACCUCUCCUGGGUGUGUGUUUGUCUAAAUGGAACUGAGCGCUGAGCUCAUGUGUGACCAGAGAACGUGUGUGUGUGAGUGAGUGUGUGUGUGUGUUAGAGACAGACACAAGAUUCAAACACAUGCUGUGUUUUUCUUUCCUCCCUGUGGAAUCUCCAGUCCGUACUCAGGUGUACGGUCCAUCAGUACACAGUCUGCAGUCAGGCCGUAGUACAACUUCAC